AUGAUGAGAAUAGCCUCCGCCCGCACGGCCGCCCAGGCCGGGGCAUCACUCGGAGGAGGAUGCUGCUCAACCGCCAUCUCAACCGCCGCUGGCGCCGGCGCCAUCAUGAUGGCCCGAAGACUCUACUCCUCCUCCUCAUCCUCCUCCUCUGCUUCUUCUUCCGCCGCCACCCCCUCGUCAACAACAACCAACACCGUGCCCCCGGUGGUUUCCACAAUCCCUCUCGUCUACGAUCUUCACUCGCCGGAGAACCCUAGGGUGCCGAACAAGGAGACGGAGCCGAUCAUUUUCAUUCAUGGACUAUUUGGGUCCAAGAAGAAUAACAGGAGUAUGAGUAAACAACUCGCCCGUGACCUAGGUCGUCACAUCUUCGCUAUCGACCUCCGCAACCACGGCGAAUCCCCUCAUUCCCCUCGACACGAUUACACCGCCAUGUCUGAGGACGUCGCCGCCUUCAUCCGGGCGCAUGGGCUCAAAGACUCGACCUUAAUCGGGCACUCCAUGGGCGCCAAGGCCGCCAUGACCGUCGCCCUCACGCACCCGGACCUGGUGCAGAACAUCAUCUCGGUCGACAACGCGCCCGUCGACGCGCGGCUCGAGUCCUCGUUUGCGCGGUACAUCCAGGGCCUGAAAAAGAUCGAGGAAGCCAAGGUAUCUUCGCUCUCAGCUGCGGACAAGAUUCUCGAACCCUACGAGAAGAACCUCGUCGUGCGCCAGUUUUUGCUCGGAAACCUGCAUAGGCCGAGGGUCGACCCCGGUGGAAAGCCCAGUCCUACGCUGCAGUUCAGGAACCCGCUGGGGAUCAUUGGCAAGAGUCUGGAUCACUUGGGGGAUUUCCCCUUCAAGGACCCCCAUCGCGUGAGGUUCUCCAAGCCGGCGCUGUUUGUCAGGGGCACCAAGAGCCGAUACGUGCCUGAUGAGGUGGUGCCGCUUAUUGGACAGUUUUUCCCGCUGUUUGAGCUGGUGGAUAUUGAUAGUGGGCAUUGGGUGAUUUCGGAGAAUCCAGAGGCUUUUAGACAGGCUGUUCUCAGGUUCCUUGAGCCAAAGGAGUAA